GCCGCUCUCAGUUACCAUCCAGCAUCGUGAGGUGAUGGACACGCUCUCCUCGCCCUAUGGAUAUUAUUGAAGAAUACUAAACUCCAGAUUCCUGACUGGAACUUGAUUUCCCUGAGCUCCGUUCUUAGGACCUAGAAAGGGAAACUAGACUCGGCUCUCGCAUCACGGAACGACAAAAAUAACUUUAUUAAUGAGUCCCUGAGUUCGACUAAGUACAUCGUCUCUAAUCUACGCCUGUUGGUCUUGGAAUAUAUAUACUUUUUAUUAUAUAGAACUGUGCGACUUGCUGGAACCCGAUGACUGUUUCCUACACCAAAAAAGUCUCCAACACCAGCUUCUGUGGCUUCUCCAAGCUACUGUUCAGGUGGCGUGGCAGCGUGUUCAAGUUGAUAUGGCCGGACCUGAUCGUCUACCUGGUGCUCUACGGCAUCGUCUCCCUCGUCUACAGGUUCGCCCUGAAUGAGGACCAGAAAAGAAUCUUCGAGAAAAUGGCCUUAUCUUGUGAAUACUUCCGAAAUGUGUUCCCGAUCUCCUUCGUCCUCGGGUUUUACGUGACAAUCGUCGUCCAGCGCUGGUGGGCUCAGUACAUGCUCAUCCCGUGGCCGGACACAAUCUGUCUCCUCGCCAACACCUACAUUCAGGGUCAGGACGACCGAGCGAGGAUGAUCAGGAAGAACUUCGCUCGCUACAUCAACCUCGCCUUCGCCCUCUCCUUCUCCAGGAUCUCCCCUCGCGUGGCUCGUCGCUUCCCCACCUAUCAGCACUUCAUCGAGGCAGGUUACAUGACUCACGGCGAGAAAGCGAUCUUCGAAAUGAUGGAUGAACAGACGAAGCAUCACAAGAUCUGGAUGCCUCUGUCGUGGGCGUGUCAGCUGACGGUGCGGGCGAGGCAAGAGGGGCGUGUCCCUGAUGACUACGGUCAGGAGGCGAUCGUUCAUGAGGUGACCAACUUGCGAUACAACUGUGGCAAACUUCAAGAGUACCAUCAUAUGAGUGUUCCUCUGGUGUACACGCAGGUGGUGACCAUGGCUACAUAUUCCUACUUCGGCUUCGCGAUCCUCGGCCGGCAGUUCCUGGACACCUCCCAGGGCUACGAGAAGCACAAGAUCGAUUUCUACGUUCCCAUCUUCACUUUGUUGCAGUUCAUCUUCUACGUCGGCUGGCUCAAGGUGGCCGAGUCGCUGCUCAACCCUUUCGGAGACGAUGACGACGACUUCGACACGUGUGAUUUUCUCGACCGCCAUUUUGAGGUAUCCUACAUGAUCGUGGACGUGAUGCACAAGUCGUACCCAGAGACCCUGAACAAUUACUGGGACAACAGCUCCUUCCAACUCGCGUCUGUGUCCAGUGCCUGCGAUCACCAAGGCUACAAGAACAAUUCCCACAGCAAGAAGUCCCAGAACCCACAGAAAAAUAGCAAGCAGGAGAAACUGUCCCCGGUGAUUAAGAGUAUUUCGCGACUGUGCAGUGACAGAACCGUAAGACCUAGCGUAACGAGACCAACCUUAGAAAGUUGGGGCGAAACUAACCGCACGACAGAGGAAAGUGCACCUUCAGUAUUACAUGGAGUCGUCUGGCACACCGUCACCCCGAGGCCUCCAGUCCCCGUCCGCCGCUACGCCACGCACCAGGGGCCAGAGAUCACGGUGUAACCAGACGUACAACCGAGUGAACGCGUGCGUCGGGACUCAGGACGACCUCCCUCCGUCUGUGGUGACCCCGAACGACCACCCCCCCUCGGGCUCGCCUGGGGCCCUCCACACCACGAGGGUCUACAUCCCCGCCAUCAACGACCACCUGGGGGGACACGACGGGACCCUCGACACGACCACCGUCAGCAGGGACCUCUCUGACCCCCCCGAGGACGACCACGAGAUCAAUACCGUGUCGAGGUCAUGUGCCCACCAGUACACCAACGGGGGCUUCCUGUCCAAGUGACCUUCCCCGCCCACUUUCUCGCUUCACGCCACCUCCAGCUCCGCCCAUCCUCGCAAGGGGGGGAAGGCAGGACGAGGCGAGAAAACGACCGUCUUUGCUUCACCUACUCGUCCUCACUUCGGUCCGGGGGCGGGUCGUGACGUCAUGCCUCUCCCCUUACCUUCCCCUAUGAGGUGGUGAUGCGUCCCUCCUGCUCAUUACCCCCCCCCCCUCCUCCACCUCACCUCCAAGCCAAGGCGAAGGAACCCUCCCUCUCCUCCUCCUCCUCC